UGUCUGAGCCUGGCCUGGACUUUCUUGGAGUGCAUGUGUUCAUUAUAAGCGAAAGACAGUAUGAAGUCUAAUUGAAAAAGAAGCCAAUAAAGAGAGCCAUGCAGCAGCCAGCUGGACUCUCUGUGUUUCGAAGCAAAGAAGGAAGGCCAAAGAGAGCUUGUCUCCAGAAGCAGAAAUCUCUGACCAGCCUGUCCCUCACCAGCGAGGGGGAGAGGCGCCCUGCUGUGCGCAUUUCCAACUGGUUUGGAAAUGCCGCCAAGGCCAGCCAGAGGGAAUGGAGCUACGCAGAGAGGCGCUCCCUCUCGAGGUGCCCAUCCCGCUCUGCGCAGUCCCUGUAUCACACGAGCCUCCCUGGGGCCUGGAGCCUCCUGCCCGCCAGCCGCUCAGGCAGCGAGAACUUAGAGCAGUGGACUUCCAGAAGAGGCUUGGAAGGUGACAGUGAUGAAGACAGCCGGUCUGAAGACGAAAAUGUGUCCUCCAGGCCCGGCAGCCUCAGCCGGAGCUGGGCUGAGGAGGAGGGAGAAAGCUGCCUGCGGGAAGGCACAGCCCAUCUGGAUGAAGAUGUCAUCCUGACGAUGCUGGGCGAUCUGGAAGAGGCCCUUUACACUGACUUGUUGGGUGAAGACCCUGAAACAAGAAGAAUGAGAACAGUUAAAAACAUAGCAGACUUGAGGCAGAACUUAGAAGAGACGAUGUCCAGUCUUCGUGGGACCCAGAUAAGCCACAGCACCCUGGAGACAACAUUUGACAGCACUGUGACAACAGAAGUGAACGGCAGGACCAUCCCCAGCUUGACAGGCCGGCCCACCCCCAUGGCCUGGAGGCUGGGCCAGGCGUGCCCUCGACUUCAGGCUGGAGAUGCUCCGUCGCUGGGUGCCGGCUACCCUCGCAGUGGUGCUGGGAGGUUCAUCCACACAGACCCCUCGAGGUUCAUGUACACUACGCCUCUCCGUCGAGCGGCCGUCUCUCGGCUGGGAAACAUGUCACAGAUCGACAUGAGUGAGAAAGCAAGCAGCGACCUGGACAUGUCUGCUGAAGUCGACGUUGGUGGAUACAUGAGCGAUGGUGAUAUCCUCGGGAAAAGUCUCAGGACCGAUGACAUCAACAGUGGGUACAUGACGGAUGGAGGGCUCAGCCUGUACACGAGGAGUCUGAGCCGAGGCCCAGACACAGCAGCUUCCAGGGACGCCGUUCAGAGGGGACUGCAUGAUGUGGCCGUGGAUGCAGACAGCUGGGAUGACAGCAGUUCCGUGAGCAGUGGUCUCAGCGACACCCUGGAUAACAUCAGCACCGAUGACCUGAAUACCACGUCCUCUGUCAGCUCUUACUCCAACAUCACUGUCCCAUCCCGAAAGAACACUCAGCUGAAGACCGAUUCAGAGAAACGAUCUGCAACAGAUGAGCCUUGGGAGAGCACCGAGGAGCUGAAAAAGCCCGAGGAGGACUUUGACAGCCAUGGGGAUGGAGGUGGCAAGUGGAAGGGUGUUUCCUCUGGACUUCCUGAAGACCCUGAGAAGACGGGGCAGAAAGCCUCCCUGGCUGUUUCUCAGACAGGCUCCUGGAGGAGAGGCAUGUCAGCCCAAGGAGGAGCACCAUCCAGGCAGAAAACUGGGACCAGUGCACUCAAGACACCUGGGAAAACCGACGAUGCCAAAGCUUCUGAGAAAGGAAAAAGUCCCCUGAAAGGAUCAUCUCUACAGAGAUCUCCAUCGGAUGCAGGAAAGAGCAGUGGAGAUGAGGGAAAAAAGCCCCCCUCGGGCAUUGGAAGAUCGACGGCCACUGGCUCUUUUGGAUUUAAGAAGCCAAGUGGAGUCGGGUCCUCUGCCAUGAUCACUAGCAGUGGAGCCACCAUAACCAGCGGCUCAGCCACGCUGGGCAAAAUCCCCAAAUCUGCUGCCAUUGGCGGGAAGUCAAACGCAGGGAGGAAGACCAGCUUGGAUGGGUCCCAGAAUCAGGACGAUGCUGGGCUGCAUGUCAGCUCCAAAACCUCCCUGCAGUACCGCAGCCUGCCACGCCCGUCCAAAUCCAGCGCCAGUGGCAUUCCCGGCCGAGGCGGCCACAGAUCCAGCACCAGCAGUAUCGAUUCCAAUGUGAGCAGCAAGUCAGCUGGGGCCACCACCUCGAAACUGAGAGAACCCACAAAGAUCGGCUCAGGGCGCUCAAGUCCCGUCACGGUCAACCAGACAGACAAGGAGAAAGAGAAGGUUGCGGUCUCAGAUUCAGAGAGCGUUUCUUUGUCAGGUUCCCCCAAAUCCAGCCCCACAUCUGCUAGUGCCUGCGGGACACAAGGGCUCAGGCAGCCAGGAUCCAAAUACCCUGACAUUGCCUCACCAACUUUUCGAAGGUUGUUUGGUGCCAAGGCAGGCGGCAAAGCUGCCUCGGCACCUAGUACUGAGGGUGUGAAAUCCUCCUCUGUAAUGUGCAGUCCUAGUACCACAUUAGCGCGGCAAGGCAGUCUGGAGUCGCCGUCGUCCGGUACGGGCAGCCUGGGCAGUGCUGGCGGGCUCAGUGGCGGCAGCAGCCCUCUCUUCAAUAAACCCUCAGACCUCACUGCAGAUGUUAUAAGCUUAAGCCACUCGCUGGCGUCCAGCCCGGCGUCGGUCCACUCUUUCACGUCAGGUGGCCUCGUGUGGGCUGCCAAUCUGAGCAGUUCCUCUGCGGGCAGCAAGGACACCCCGAGUUACCAGUCCAUGACUAGCCUCCACACGAGCUCGGAGUCCAUUGACCUCCCCCUCAGCCACCACGGCUCCCUAUCUGGACUGGCCACAGGCACUCACGAGGUGCAGAGCCUGCUCAUGAGAACUGGUAGUGUGAGAUCUACUCUCUCAGAAAGCAUGCAGCUUGACAGAAAUACACUACCCAAAAAGGGACUAAGAUACACCCCAUCAUCUCGGCAGGCCAGCCAAGAAGAAGGCAAAGAGUGGUUACGCUCCCAUUCUACUGGAGGGCUGCAGGAUACUGGCAACCAGUCACCCCUGGUGUCCCCUUCUGCUAUGUCAUCUUCUGCAACAGGAAAAUAUCACUUUUCCAACUUGGUAAGCCCAACCAAUCUUUCUCAGUUCAACCUUCCUGGGCCCAGCAUGAUGCGCUCAAACAGCAUCCCAGCCCAAGACUCGUCCUUCGAUCUCUAUGACGACUCCCAGCUUUGUGGGAGUGCCACGUCUCUGGAGGAGAGGCCACGGGCCAUCAGUCAUUCAGGCUCAUUCAGAGACAGCAUGGAAGAAGUUCAUGGCUCCUCACUAUCACUGGUCUCCAGCACGUCUUCUCUUUACUCUACGGCUGAAGAAAAGGCUCAUUCAGAGCAAAUCCAUAAACUACGGAGAGAGCUGGUUGCAUCACAAGAAAAAGUUGCCACCCUCACUUCUCAGCUUUCAGCAAAUGCUCAUCUCGUAGCAGCUUUUGAAAAGAGUUUAGGGAAUAUGACUGGCCGACUGCAAAGUCUAACCAUGACAGCGGAACAGAAGGAGUCUGAACUGAUAGAACUAAGAGAAACCAUUGAAAUGCUGAAGGCCCAGAACUCUGCUGCCCAGGCAGCCAUUCAGGGAGCUCUGAACGGUCCUGACCACCCUCCCAAAGAUCUCCGCAUCAGAAGACAGCAUUCCUCUGAAAGCGUCUCUAGUAUUAACAGUGCCACAAGCCAUUCCAGCGUUGGCAGUGGUAACGAUGCUGACUCCAAGAAGAAGAAGAAGAAAAACUGGGUGAACUCUAGAGGAAGUGAGCUGAGAAGCUCAUUCAAACAAGCCUUUGGGAAGAAAAAGUCUACCAAGCCUCCUUCCUCACAUUCGGACAUUGAAGAGCUUACAGAUUCGUCCCUUCCGGCAUCCCCCAAGUUGCCCCACAACGGGGGUGACUGUGGGUCAGCCUCCAUGAAGCCCUCGCAGUCGGCCUCUGCGAUCUGUGAAUGCACAGAGGCUGAGGCAGAGAUAAUUCUGCAGUUGAAGAGUGAGCUCAGAGAAAAGGAAUUAAAAUUAACAGAUAUUCGGCUGGAGGCCCUCAGCUCUGCACAUCAUCUCGAUCAGAUCCGGGAAGCCAUGAACCGGAUGCAGAAUGAGAUUGAAAUCCUGAAGGCCGAGAAUGACCGGCUGAAGGCGGAGACGGGGCACGUCGCGAAGGCGGAGGCGGGGCACGUCGCGAAGGCGGAGCCGGGGCGCGCCGCGAAGCCCGCCCGGCCCCCGUCCGAGUCCGCCAGCAGCACCUCGUCCUCGUCCUCUCGCCAGUCCUUGGGCCUCUCGCUGAACAAUCUGAACAUCGCGGAGGCUGUCACCUCAGAUAUUUUGCUGGAUGAUCCUGGUGAUGCAACUGGACAUAAAGAUGGCCGCAGUGUGAAAAUUAUAGUCUCCAUAAGCAAGGGCUACAGUCGAGCAAAGGAUCAGAAGUCUCAGGCAUAUUUGAUAGGAUCCAUUGGUGUUAGUGGAAAAACCAAGUGGGAUGUCUUAGAUGGUGUAAUUAGACGUCUCUUUAAGGAAUAUGUGUUCAGAAUUGAUACCUCCACCAGCCUUGGUCUGAGCUCUGACUGCAUUGCCAGCUACUGUGUAGGAGAUUUAAUUAGAUCCCAUAGCCUAGAAGUGCCUGAAUUGCUGCCUUGUGGGUACCUUGUCGGUGAUAACAACGUCAUCACUGUGAACCUGAAAGGGGUAGAAGAAAACAGUUUGGACAGUUUUGUGUUUGAUACUCUGAUUCCUAAACCAAUUACCCAAAGAUACUUUAACUUGUUGAUGGAGCAUCACAGAAUUAUACUCUCAGGACCUAGUGGUACUGGAAAGACCUAUUUAGCACACAAACUUGCGGAAUAUGUAAUAACCAAAUCUGGGAGGAAAAAAACAGAGGAUGCAAUUGCCACUUUUAAUGUGGACCACAAGUCUAGUAAGGAAUUGCAACAGUAUCUAGCUAACCUGGCUGAACAAUGCAGUGCUGAUAAUAAUGGUGCAGAGCUUCCAGUUGUAAUAAUUCUAGAUAAUCUUCAUCAUGUGGGCUCUUUGAGUGAUAUCUUCAAUGGUUUUCUCAACUGUAAAUACAAUAAAUGUCCAUAUAUUAUUGGAACAAUGAAUCAGGGAGUUUCUUCAUCACCAAAUCUAGAGCUACAUCACAAUUUCAGGUGGGUACUAUGUGCAAACCACACAGAGCCAGUGAAAGGCUUUUUAGGCAGAUAUCUUCGAAGGAAGCUGAUAGAGAUGGAAAUUGAAAGGAACAUUCGCAAUAAUGACCUAGUCAAAAUUAUAGAUUGGAUUCCCAAGACGUGGCAUCAUCUCAACAGUUUUUUGGAAACACACAGUUCUUCUGAUGUUACAAUUGGCCCUCGACUUUUCCUUCCUUGUCCCAUGGAUGUAGAAGGUUCUAGAGUAUGGUUCAUGGAUCUCUGGAACUAUUCUUUGGUACCUUAUAUUCUGGAGGCAGUGAGAGAAGGUCUGCAGAUGUAUGGAAAACGAGCACCUUGGGAAGAUCCCUCCAAGUGGGUGCUUGAUACAUACCCAUGGAGCUCAGCAUCUCUGCCUCAGGAAGGCCCAGCAUUACUUCAGUUGCGACCAGAAGAUGUUGGGUAUGAGGGCUGUGUAUCCACGAAGGAAGCUACAACCUCAAAGCACAUUCCACAGACUGACACAGAGGGGGACCCCCUGAUGAAUAUGCUGAUGAAACUCCAAGAAGCAGCCAAUUACCCGGGCACACAAAGCUGCGACAGCGAUAGCACCAGCCAUCAUGAAGACAUUCUGGAUUCGUCUCUUGAAUCUACCCUCUAGAGGGUGAAAAAAAAAGUUAGGGGGAAAGACAAUGCUUAAGAAAAAAAAAAGUUUGAAAAGUGAGGUAUUUUCAUUAAACCACUGCCAGUAUGAAAGCAUCCUGUCAGGGCCCUGACCCAGAGUUGUGGUCUCUUAAGGAGGCAGCAAAACGAAGUCUGAAGCACCAAGAUGCUCAGUUGACACGGAAGCGUAACUUGCUUUUCUUUCUAGGCAUUUUAUUUUUUUAAUCUCUGUGGAGUGAUGUAAGGCUCCAAUACUCAACUGGAAAGGACCCUAAUGAUAGGGCAACUGAAGAUUGCACAUGGGUUAGCCAAACUGGACUUUCUGUUUUUUCUCUUUAAAAGUUUACAAUGCAGACUUUUUUUUCUUUUUUUCUUUUUUUUUUUUGGUAGUUCCUUCUCUGGUUUCCUCUGAGGGGUUGUUCCCCUCAAGCAGGAUCCACUCUUCUGAUCCGUCCAACCUCUUUUGUGCCACAUGGUGCUGGUUGCGGAGCCCCAGUAGCGUUUGUGUUGUGUGCUCACCCCAUUCCAAAAUGAAGAGGCCAGGCCUCUCCAAGCACAAGUGGGAUUGUGCGACCCCCCAGGGAAACACUGCUGUGGCCAGCUGGAGAAGGGCCAGCAUCACUCUCAGCUGCCGUGAUCACAGGCUGUGCUUCACCCACGCUUCAGUGUCUGAGUCACAGGUUUGAUAAGGUUGUUUUUCCCACUGUGGUCUUUUGAAACCACCUGCCCAUUCCCUUAAAAAAAAAAAAAGUUUUAUACCAAUUAUUAGUCCACACUGACAACAGGCUUUUUAGGGCUUUGUUUGUUUGAGCCUAGUCAGUGAAAAGAAGGAACAUUUCCUAUGGUGCUGUCCCACUGCCUUAAGCCGAUUUCUACAACAGUUUAACCGUUGGUUUAAAUCCUGAACCACUGGUCAUUUCCACUGUCUUCACUUACAACACCAGUUAACACAGUAGCCUCAUCUCUAUUUUUGUGUUUGUUUUUGAAGAAAUGGAUAGGAGAAAGAUCAGUAUUUUUACCUUGUGAAUAGAUUGCUUUGCCUAUCCUCCAAAAGACCCAAGUGACCCAGAAGCCCUCUUGGACUGUCAUUUACAAGCUAAGCCAUGUGGCUAUCUUCCAUCCAGUUCUAGGGGAAAGAGUUUCAGAAGGCGGGAGAUGGUGAAUUCUUAUCCAGCAGAGCUGGAAGCACUAGAUGCAGCAUGAGCACAACUAUUCGGCUUUUCUCUCCUAUUCUUUUUUUUUUUUAAUUAUUAUGAGUUUUGAGCAUGUUGUUUUGAUGGGUGUUAUUGUACAUGAGAAAUUCAGCAUUCGAGAACACUGAAGCAGUGAAGUCACUGUGGAUGAGAAAGCAUUUAUACUGUAAAAGAAGGUUAGAUUUGCACAGUCUACUGGGUAGGUAUUGUAAAUAAUCACUUAAAAAACUUGCACAAGUCAAAACAAACACACACACACACAAAUUGUAUUUUAUCCUGUGGGUGUUAAGAGAUGUUUCACUUGCUGAGAUUUCCUGUCCGUUGCAAACAAAUACAGAAUGCAGACCCUCAAUGCUGUUGUUACCUGGUGUGUUUGUCCUGUAUUUACAGUUGUGAUGACCAUGCAGGAGCUAUCAGUGCUAGAGUGAGCAUGCUUCAAAACUGUCCAUGAAGCCAAUACAUUUUUGGAAAAGUAAAAAUGUCUGAAAGUGCAUCUGUCAUGGCGGGCUUUCGGGAGAGUACAUGAGAGCUGACGGGAGUGACUGGAGAAGUUCCCACCACGCAGAGAGGACAGGUUUGAAACGUACCACCCCAAGGGCUAGGCCACGGUGUAGACUUGUUCCAUGCGUGUGAAAAUGUGCUACUUCAGGACGUUCAAUUGGUGCUACUCUCUGUGACCACCCACGGGUCAGUUGCUGUAGAACAGUAACAGCAUGAGACGUCGCUGCAGCCGUCAGAGUGUCGCUCGGCUACAGGUCCUACACGGUGCUACUGCCCCGAGGGAAAUCGCAACUGAUUUGUGCACCUAGAAAGGGCACCCUGACUUCGAAGCCUCAAACGUGGAUCGCGUCUGCGGUGAAACGUCGAUAUGCGUAGCUGGAUGAGUGACUAGUGGCCCUUGUACAAUAUGUGAUCUAAGAAAAUUGCUAAUCUUUCCCUGCCAUUUUGAGAACCACAGUUCAAACAUGAUCAUUAAACAGAAAUUCCUGCAAUACAUCCCAGUAGGUCCGCCUAGUUUACAACUUAAACUAGUUUGUGAAACAUUUGUCUGUAUACAUUUUAUAUUUUGUACAUUUUUGAUGUAACAUACCAUGUAAAUAGAGACAGUGAAAUAAAUCAUCUGAAAAGUUUUGUAGUCUUUGUAAAGCCCCGGCAGCAACUACUUGGUGUCCGUGGACUUAACUGGGUGAUGUAUUUUCUAUUGGUUGAUUGUUCCUCUAGCUUGUAAACCAGCUUGCAUAUAUUUUUUUGCAAAUGUGCACCCUGUAUCUGUCUAAAUUAUUACUUUGCCAUUAAAGUGGAAUUAUUUAUUGACAA